ACACAGAAUACAAGGGUUUUUCUUUCUCUCCACAGUUCCAACUUGCAAACCUCCUCCUGAAUUCAGCUGAAUCUCUUCCUCUCAACUCAGAGAUAAGUGCUGCAAAGAUUGAAGAGCCUUCCAUGGGCAUACUAAAGACAGACCCCGUUAGUCCAGACAGACUAGAAGACGGAGAAAUAGGUAAAAAGCUCCAUGGAAAAUGUCUCAGAACCAUCUCCACUGAGUCUCCUGUUAAGCUUUACUGCUGCUAUGCAGUGAUCAUGGUCCUCACUGUAGCUGUAGUUGCACUUUCUGUUGCUUUGUCAUUGUCAGUGAGAUCAGUCACUGAGACUGUGCCACCUGCUAUGCCACCUGCCCAAAAGACUGGAUUGGAUUUGGAAGCAAAUGUUUUUAUUUUUCUGAAGACAUGAGAAACUGGACACUCAGCCAGACCUACUGCAUGGCACUAGAGGCCCACCUAGCUGGAUUUGAGAGCCUAGAGGAGCUGAAUUUCCUGAAGAGAUACAAAGGGCCUUCUGACCACUGGAUUGGCCUGCACAGAGACUCACCACAGCAUCCUUGGAGGUGGACAGACGACAUUGAAUAUAACAAGUUCGUUCCCACCAGAGGAAAAGGAGAAUGUGGCUACCUGAGUGACAUGGGGAUCAGCAGUGCAAGGGACUACACACACAGGAAGUGGAUUUGUAGCAAGUCCAAGACAUAUUUUACAGGUCCCAAAGAUUUCAAAUCGAGGGACAGGAUUUCUCUGUGUAGCCUUGGCUGUCCUUAACCUUCUUUAUAGACCACUUGGUCUUGAACUCAAAUCUGCUUGCCUUUGUCUCUCAAGUGCUGGGUUUAUAGGGGUGUGCCACUAUCGCUCGGCCUAGACUGUGUUUUUAUUUCUUAGAUAAAUGCAAGCAUAUCUCAUUUAGGAAAAUACUUUUCUCAGUGAAGAUCCUUCUUCUUUUAGCCUGUUUUGCUUUGCAGUCCAUUUUAUUCCGAGUAAACAAAUAAGAAAUA